UCCCCUUUGGAUGUAUGCUGGUGAUGAAGACGUCGAGAGGCUCUCCACAGAUCUUCCUGCAAAGGACUUGGAGAAGCUAAUUCGAAGAAUUUCCAAGCUUAACAAGAAGGACACCGUUCCAUCUUCUUGCAAAGUUAAGCCAUUUUGUGGCGCCAAUCCUCUUCCCGAGGGUCACCUUACUUUAACUUCUCUUCCUCCCCUUCCCGAGGGCGGGGAAGUCGAAGAAAUGGCUGUUGUCACCGACGACAACCAGGGUGCUUCUCGCCCUGAAAGUGGAGUCGGGGGUUCCCAGAAAUCCGCGGCUUCUCUUGAAAAAGAGAAUGAAACGGAGGUUACUUCGUCGACACGCUCGUCUAUUCCUGCUGCUUCUCCGAAAGGCAAGAGGAAAAGAGAUGAAACUAUUGACUCUGGCGCCUCCAAAGCCGAUACUUCCCGUGCCGAAAAGAUUGUACCCGAUGCCGGGGAGAAGGCUUUGGGUCUUUAUGAUGCUGCUCUUAUCAGCUCCGAUGAAGAAGAAGAUGUGCCCAUUGACGCGACUGCUCGAACGAGCACGUCCCAUACUUUGGUUGUCUCGGAAGCUCAUCCUGAUGGCGAUGAAACUUCGCCUCCCCAACAAAACCUGGAACAUCCAACUCCAGCUGUGAGCCCCCGGGCCCCUUCUCCGAAGAGAGCCAGGUUGGAAUCACCCAAGGAACCAACCAUACUAUCUGGUUGUUCCUCGACUCCUUUGAUGGAAGAGCCUUUUAUGAAAGAGCUCAUCCGCUUCGGUACCCAAUUUAUCGGGUACCGCGAUUAUGCUGCCCAGCUUGAAGAGAAAUUUGAGGAAACCAGCAAACGUGCUGACGCUCUUGCUGCUAAAUUGGAGCAAAGCGAAACGGCACGCAUGAAAGCCGAAGCUGAUGCUGCUACCGUCGAGGAUCUUCAAAAGAAACUCGACGACGCAAAAAAGGCUCUAGAAGAAAAUGUAGCUCAGCAUGCUGCUCGCGAGGAAGAGAUCCUUGGUCGACUAGAAUCGGAGGACAAACCAAGAGUAUGA